GGCUAGAUUUUGACAUUCGAUAUGUGAUAUGGCGACUGGAUGGCAACCCCGGCUCAUAGCGCUACUCUUGUUGUACGGCUUGUAAUGGCUUUGACAACCUUGGAUGCUCUGAUCGCUGACCCAAGUGAUCAGGCUACUCUUCCAGAUCAUCAACAUGGCGAGCGACAUAGUAUUCUUCAGGACGAAAGUGAAUCUAUCGCCAACGAACUCCGACAAUGAGCCAACAGAGCAGACUUCUGGACCGGCCCAUGGCGCAUCAUUGACCAGCAAAGCGAAGAGACUUCUUAUGAAGGCUGACAUAAGUCGAGUUCUCAUCCCGCUCCUCUUUACUACACUGAGUGUGGUAAUAGUAUCUGUGCUCUUCUCUGGCGCAAGCGACACAUAUCGCGCCACAGAGAAUACAUGUAGCACGAAGCCAGAUGCCGACAUCAGUGGCGUCGGCGUACGCGCCUCUAUCUGGGGACAGAUUGCAAUGCUGAUCUUGAUCAGUGGCUCCGGGCACCUUCAUAAGAAAGAGACAGCAAUCAAAGAAGUCGCAGGUGGCCUGAUUCUCACACAUGUAUCCCUCGCCAUCGCCAUCAUUGUGCAGAUGUAUAAAAGGACGUUAACAUCGGUCGAUGCGGCGAUCGGCGCAGUCAUUCUGGACGUCCAGAACGUCGCUUUACUCAUCCCUGUCACUGCCAAACAGACUCUCGCAGCUCGAUGGCAAGUGCUCAUCCUCAUACCAGCCCAGGUACUAGGGCUAGUAUUCCUGCCGGUGCUGGUGGUCAGGUUCAUUAUGGGAGGCUUCGCAUCGGAAGACUGCAAGUGUCUCGACAUUUUCUGGUGGUCUAGAUUAAGCGGAUGCGAGACAUCUGGUAACGAGCUUUCUCUCUUUUUGAUCUACUACACGCUUCGCUGGAUGAUGUGGUUUCAGUCGACCUUCCAUUCCAUGUACAACACGCAGCCAUUUCACGAGUCCGAGAAGAACGGACGUGUCACAAUUUUGAGGGACGAUGGUACAAAGCCAGACACAGACGAAGAAAUCAUAGCGCUUGAACUGCGGGAUCCAAAUCGACGAGUAACAAAGGCUACUGUACAGGCUGGCCUGCUGUAUAGACAAUACUCUGCGACGAUAUCAGUAUCGCAUACAGCAUACGCUCUAUACUCGCUCACGUCCAUGGUAGUUGCCGAAGUUACCAUUGGAAAGUACAACCUCCAACCAAGCUCCAACGCCAACUCGAUCGGUCAAAUCAUUGCCAUCGUCGUCUCGCUCGCUACUCUCAUUCGAGUCAUUUGGAGUUUACAGAGCCUCUGUAACGACGCCGAGAAUAGUUCAUUCCCGGACUUCAUCUUCUCAUUGCUUUCGCGGUCCCCGUCGAGUUGCUGGUUCGGCUCAAAAGCAGACGAGAUGGGCGAAGAUCCAGCUUUGAUCUUGUCGGCAACAGAUGUAGAAGAGCGCCGGCAGGGAUCAGAUUCUGAUAGUGAAAAUGAAGGCUCAGGAGGAUCGCAACCUCCGCGACCUCCGCAACCUCCGCAACCUCCACACCCUCCGCAACCUGACACACAACCUUCACCAUCAAACCAUGAAGCGGUUGGCCGAUACCAAAAAUAUCUUGAGCCCUACCCUAGAUCGCCUCACCCAAGUAACGGUAGACAAUCCUCCGAUACCAUCAGCUUGCCCAAGACGCAGCCGCAUUUGCCUUUCGAACAGGACAUUCGAGCACAGCAUCUUCCACUAAAUCGAAUAGAGCAUCAGCUACAGCGAAGUCACUCUGACGGGCCAGUAUACCAAUUCAAGUUCCGCCAGCCGUUCCAUCUAAACGCUGUGAAGCAGCUUUUUCUCCCUACAUUGACCCAAUAUCUGGAGGCUCGAAAAGAGUCAAAGGCUACAGUUCCGAUCAGCGAGACUAUGAUCUCGCCGCGAAUAACGCCCCCGACACUUGAUCAGCCAAGUGCCUGCAGACCACCUGAACAGCCACAACAGGAUACCGGUAAGGAGGAAGCUCCUCCGCCGCGUGUGGUCGUAGAAGGACCGCACGCAGCAGAAGUUCCGUCUUCCGCCGACAACAAACACUCCGUCACAACUAGCGGCAAGCCCCUGGAUUCAUUGCACGGCAACAUAUUGCCAGAGACAGACAGCUUCCAUUGGACGGAUCAGCCACAAAAAGGCCAGGCAACCGAAAAAUUACAGCCACAGUCUGCUACACGUCGUGAUAUAGCUCCAGCAUCAAUCGUGACUCGUCCCGAGCCCGAGGAAGACCAGCCAACUGCCGCUCGACAGUCCGAAGAACGACAACCUGCAACCCUUAGCUUCCCAAUACAGACGCCGGAGGAGGAAUUACUAGAAUCCUCGAAGGUCGACGAGGCUGCAAAAUCUUCAGAACCAGAGAUCAGUUACCGAGGACAUGAUGAGCGCAAGGGUGCACAGUCUGAUCUGCCGCAGGAUAAUGUCUCUGCACAAACAGAAGAGAAUAUUCCAGCUCCAAUGUCGAUAUUUGGUGAUGGACGAGACUUUACCAUCAAUCCAGUUCUUUCGACUUUGAAUCCCACCAAUAUAGGCCUGGAGUCAAAGAUGGAGGACCCUAAUAUUGGAGACCAGUCAAAACGUGGCGGAGAACCACAAGAGCCGGAGGUUCAGUCAGAGAAGGGUGGUGCAUCGGCCGAAAUUAUUGCUAAAAUCGAUGCAGAGGCAGACAUAGACGACCCGCGGACGACAGGCCAGUCUGUAGAUUCCAUAUACCACAAGAAAUUGCAGCUUGAGGCUCCAAAAUCUUCGCUCAAUGAGGUGGAGAAAACUCUGCUAGAAAGGCCAAUACGAAGCCUGGCGUCUCGUCAAUGGGAUCGCGUUCUGAUGGAUUUAGGCAUAAUCCGCCGCAGAUCAUCACCACGUAGGCUACUCAUGCACUGGGUUGCCCGAAAGUGGCUCCGCGUAACGCAGGAAGCGCAAAGAAGAAAGAAGAUUCCUUAUGAACCUAACGUACGAUCCGGAUGUCCCGGCGUUUGGGGACACUGUGAACGGGAACGAACUAUCUGGGAAGAUUAUCCCCCAUUUAGGACACACUUCGAAACCCAUGUAAAAGACCUCUUUCACGUAUGGCGUAAAUUUGCAAUAUGCAGAGAAUGUUUGAUAUCCGACACAUCCACAAAUUUCGAUCCGUUUUUUAUGGAUGUUGAAGAUCUCUCAUGGCACGUCUGGGACAAACACAUGCACAAGGCGGAACGCGACCCAUCAGCGCCGCCGCUAGCGGAAGCAGAAAAGAGCAAAGGGAAAUCGGCUGAGGCUUCGAAACUUGAACUUAGCCAGCGCCUCGAUGCUGAGAUGGGUGGAUUGGAAACCGCCACCGACCCCAAUGUCUUCUAGCUCCAGUCACUAUCUUCCGAUCAUUCGACUUUACGACUAAAUCUUAGCACGUCUGCUUCAACCAAGUCUCUCGUUAUCGGUACUUGUCGUGGCAACGUAUAUCUCUUGCGCGCCCUUUCCUACA